UGGCAUCAUUUUAUGCAUGCUUUUAUACCACAGCGGUGUAGAAUUCUCAAAUCCGAUUGCUCAGAAGGUGAUGAGUUAAUUUCCUUAAAACCACAGCAUCUGACAGUCAGGCAAAAUCCCAUGUUUAAUGUCCUUGCUGUAAUAUUGUUAGCUUUUCUGUAGGGCCAUGUAUACUCCACAUAAACACAUUAAAAAAUGUAAUUGUUGAUAUGGUGAAUUUAUUUUUUAUUUUUUUAUUUAUCUGGAUUUUGUUUUUAUAUAUUAACUUUACAAAGUGGUUUGAAACGACUGUUCCAGCAUAAGUGAUAACAGGAUCUAGCUCUUUGGGGAAUAAAACAUACAUGUCUUUCUUUAAUAAGUAACAGUGGUAAUUGUUAGCAAUUUGCUGUGGUAUAAGAGGAAUAAAACACUUCGGGAUAUGCUGUUAUUAGAAAAUUAAUCAACUUGUGAGCUUUUUGUGAUUCUCAUAACAGCACACCACAAAGGUUUUAAUUCCUUAUAUUUUCUAUUUUACUUUUUCUGUUGAGUGUAUUAAACCAGUCCUAGUUUUCCAUAUAAAAAAAAUAAAAAUAAAUAAAUAAAUUAAAUUAUCAUGUUUUACAAAAUUUUCCUGGUAUUUGUACUAGUGAAAAAAAAUACCUUUAAUGAUUUCUGACCCUGUGUUUUAGGUUUUUAUCUUGUCUCUCUUUUGAAGGUUUUAAUGAACCAUGUGAUGAAGCAUGACAGUGGAAUAUUUCAGUGUUUUUCUCUGGGUUUAUUUACAAGUUUGUUGUACAGUGAAGUCUUCGGGGACCUUUAGAUCCUAAGAUAUCCAGACCGACGGAUUUUUAUAUUCAAUAACGUGAUCCAGCUGACAUUUAUGUGUGUAAAUGAAGGUCAGCCCUUCCAUGUCAGACUGCAUGGGUUUGACCACAUGGCUGUUCUCCAGAUUCAUUUUAUGCAAACAUUUGCAAAUAUUAUACUUGUUGGUCACUGAGUGUCUCAGUUGUGUAUGGUGUAUAUGCACUGUUUUGAAUACAGAAUGAUAUAAACAGAAUGAUAUAAACAUACAAGAUAAUGUUUUGCUUAAAAAAAAGGUGAAUUUAAAUCAUUUCACUUGAAUCGAUUCUCGUGUCGUCAUGACGCCCUGAUUUCCGUCGGCACAAACCCCGCCCACCGGCGAGCGCGCACACAUUCCCAUUGUCCAAGAUGGCGGCGUAGGUGCAGCGUAUACGAUGCCUAUGUUUUUAUCGCGUUUUUUACCCUUGUUAUUAUUUUCCACACCGCUCGCGUAACGUUUCUUUGCGGUGCGAACGUGCGUGUCGCUUUCUGCACUCGACAUCUUGAUGUGCAGCGCGUUGCAAACCGCGGACUUUGUUGUGCAUCCGGUCUGGAUUCUGUUUGGCUCGGGGAAAAGUUUGAGCAUCCGAAAAUGAAAAGGCAGGCCGAGCGGGACUCCAGUCCGAGCAGAGCUCUCGCAAAGCGUAUUCGGGAGAGAGAACGAGACCGCGAAGGCAGCCGCCGGGAAGAUGCAGCAGCUGUUAGUCAGCCACCGCUCGCUCUGCUUCUCGCCGAGAGUCGGAGCUACCAGAAACAGCAGCAGCAGCAGCAACAACAACAACAGCGCGCGCGAAGCCGCAGCGGCGAGCGCGAGAAGCCCCGUGCGCGGGAAGAGCGAGCAGGCCUUCUCCCGCGGCCUCCAUCCAUCAUCCCGAAAAGCAAAGCCCCCGUCGCGGACCCGCUCGGAGGCAGCAGGGGCGCAAGCGGACUGGAAUAUAAGACGUUGCUCAUCAGCAACCUGGGCUCGCAGCUUUCCGACGAGCACGUGGAGGACGGCUUGUUUCACGAGUUCAAGAAGUUCGGGGACGUUAGCGUUAAGCUCUCGCACACGCCCGAAUUGGGCCGGAUCGCCUACGUGAAUUUUCGGCAGCCGGAGAGCGCGCGAGAGGCGCGCCACGCCAAGGCCAGGCUCGUGCUGUAUGACCGUCCGCUCAAAAUUGAGCCCAUGUACGUGCGGCGUCGCAGCCUCACACCGCCUGACGUCGCCUACGUGCCUCUGCAUGGACCGUAUCCCUAUAGGCAACGGUCUCUCUCUCCUGGAGCGAGCGCAAUCCGUGAUGUGAGAACUAGACAUUAUGUGGAUAGUCUGAGUCUGCGGGAACGAGAGCGUGUAUUGGACUAUUACAGUGCUUUGGAAGAGCGAAGCCGUGCCUAUGCAUACCCCCUGCCCGAGGACGAUUUAAUGCCCGAAGAUGACCAGCGUGCCACCAGAAACUUGUUCAUUGGCAACCUGGACCACAACGUGUCUGAGGCAGAGCUCCGUCAAGGUUUCGACAAGUAUGGCAUUAUCGAGGAGAUCGUCAUCAAGCGGCCUGCCCGUGGACAAGGCUGCGGCUAUGGGUUCAUCAAGUUUCAGAACCUGGACAUGGCGCACAGAGCCAAAGUGGCCAUGCAGGGCCGUGUGUUCGGUGGAAACCAGGUAAAGAUUGGAUAUGGCAAGGCCAACCCCACCACGCGCCUCUGGGUGGGUGGUUUGGGCCCGAACACCUCGCUGGCCGCUUUGGCCCGGGAAUUUGACCGUUUUGGUAGCAUUCGCACGAUUGAUUAUAUGAAAGGGGACAACUUUGCUUACAUCCAUUAUGAGAGCCUGGAUGCAGCCCAGGCGGCAUGUGCCCAGAUGCGAGGUUUCCCUCUGGGUGGCCGCAGGUUACGCGUCGACUUCGCCAAAGCAGAGGAGACCCGAUCCUACCCGCAGCAGUACCCGCCACCCAUCCCACUGCCCUCACAUUAUGACAUUAUAGCUGAUGGCUUCGGUCGCCAUCGGAGCCUGGAGAGGGAACUCAGAGCACGAGCCCGCUCGCCUUCUCAUCCUCUUUAUGCAGAAAGGGAACGAGAACGAGGGCUUCCCGAACGAGAUUGGAGUCCUCCAAAGGGUACGGAGCGGAGGAGUAACCCAGAAGCGUUUGGUCGUACGAGAGCGCGCAGUCGUAGCAGAGAGCGCUGGGCGAAAGGCUGGGAGGAAAGGCGCAAGCGCCGGAGCCGAACGCGGAGUCGGAGUAUCAGUCCUGGUGAACAGUUUGAGGAAAGAGGGCGGUCUAGGGUGCGAGCGGCUCCUCCCAAGACUCCAGAUGACAGCCCUGAAAGAACUCGCGGCCGCCUCCCUGACUCCACGUCUGAUCCGCAAGACCACACACCUGACAGCAGUCGCCAUUCCAGUGAUGAGCGACCGGCCGCGAAAGCCGUGGAUCCCGAGCGCAAUCAUUGCAAAACGGACACAGAGCCAGACUCGCACUCUGAAAAGCCCAAAAGCGAACCCAAGAAGCCCAGCACACUGUCGGAAUACGCCCAGACCCUCAGCCGAGUGUGGCACGGCUCUCUCGUCCUAAAGAACAGCUGCUUUCCCACGAGCAUGCAUCUCCUGGACGGAGGAGCCAACUUCUUUCUCUCGCUUCUGAAGGACCAGACGAACAGUGGCAAAAUCACGCAGCUCAAGAUCGCCCAGCGGCUGCGGCUCGACCAACCCAAGCUGGACGAAGUGAGUCGCCGCAUCAGGCUCGGCGGUGCUGACGGCUACACCGUCCUUCUGGCCGUACAGGGACCCAUGGAUCGGGACUCGCCCCCGCCCGAUGGACUUCAGAAACGCUUCCUUCGCAACCUGGUGACCUACCUCAGGAGCAAACAAGCAGCUGGGGUUAUCGGUCUGCCUCUGGGUGGCCCAAAAGAACGCGAGACAGGAGGGAUGCUUUACGCGUUCCCGCCUUGUGACUUCUCCCAGCAAUACCUCCAGACUGUUCUCAAAACUCUGGGCAAAGUAGAGGAGGAACAUCUCGUCGUUGUGGUGGUUAAAGACUCGGCUCAACCCUAACCAUCGUGAUCCUUUGUGUUUCUUUUGAAAACACACAAGUGUACAUUUUUAACACUCCAAACUUUUACAUGAUGAACAGGUUUUGUUGUUGGAUUAUGCUUGAUUCUUUUCCCACAAAUUCACCAACCUUAAAGUUCUCUUUACACACUAUUUCAAAGCAACUUACCAUUUUUUUUAUAUAUAUGUGUCUGAUGCUUGUUUUUUUUUUAAUUGUUUGUCAUCUUUUAGAUCCUGAUUUGCACCUCAGUUUCUAAGUGUUUUCUGAUCUUGAAUACAGAAUGCAAUGUUGCAGCUUUCUCUCCAGUGAGCUAAUGUAAUGGUGUUUAUUCAACAUAAAGUGAAGACUAGUUAUGAGUUAUGUUGACACCCCCCCCCCUUUUUUAAAAAACUCUGUAGCUUCAUUUUUCACCUGUGCAAUUUAAUAGAAAUCUCCAUGUUUUGUUAUGAUAACUGACCGAGUGUGGAUUUUAAUAUGCUGUAUGCACAUUACAGGGAAGAGGGACAUUUGUCAUUACAGGCAUCUACCUCUGGAAUGGUUUUGGAUUGUGUUGAUUUUUUUUUGUUUUGUUUUGUUUUGUUUUCCAGCAAAAUGUAUUUCCGAAAAACGCACUCGGCAUUAGCAGACGAUGUUCGAGCGCCUCUAGUUUGAGUUAUACCCAUUAACGCUUCAACACUAUUUUGGGAGGUAUACUGUAAACACUAAGACUUGUGCACUAGUGUAACAGGAGUGCAGAAUGUUACUUGUUUUUAAGGUUCUCUCUCUCUCUUUCUCUCUACAGCUCUACCAAGCCAUGGCAAGCUAUUUUAAUGUGUGUUUUUUAAUGCAAAAAAAAUUUAAGCUGAAAUUUCAGUCAAACACUGUGUUAACAGUUUUGUGAAGGGACUACAGUCACUCAACACUACUUCAUUCGCUCAUUAUUCACUCUGAAACACAUUCCUCAGCCGUUUAUCAGACUCGUUUUCCCACUCUUGCGACUUUUUUUUCUCCCUUCAUUGUUUUUUUUUUCACCACGUGUCCGAACGAUGUAUGUAAUGUAUGGAAAAAAAAACUGUAAGUAAACAUUUAAAAAGUCUUGUUUUUAA